AUGGAUUCGUUUGUUACACGACAAAAUAAGGAGAAAGAUGAUGAUGAUGCAUGGACAUUGAAGCUGGAAGCAGAAUUGGAUCUUGGUGUAUUAUCAGGGACUCGAAAGUUGGUGAAUGUAAGACAUCCUUUGAAUCUCAUGUCAGUGAAGAAUGAGAGGAAGAAGAGAGGAGAAGAAGAAGAAGAGAAGAAAAGAGCUGAAAGUCUGCCAUCGUUAGCUGCUACAUUGCCACAGGAAGUACUUGCUCUUGUUAUCAGUUUUGGUCAAGUGGGACGCGUGUGCAAGUCAUGGAGUCUUGCGAGUGUCACAGUCGCUCGUCGUCGAUUUUCUUCUCGACUUGCAGAUAUUCUACGUCCCUUGGAUGCAAAUGCCGUGGUAGUGGCUUUAGAUGUCGAGACAGAGCUUUUUGCUGCCUAUGGACAAAGGUAUUCAUUGACGAAAGCAUAUGCACACAAGGCAAGGACACUAUUAUUUAAUCUCAAGGAUUCUCGGAAUAUCGACCUUCGCAAUCGAAUUGUGUCUGGUAAAUUACCAUCGCAAAGUCUGGUGCGAAUGAGCGGUCCUGAUAUGGCUAAUCCACAAUUAGUGCGUCAGCGUAAGGAGUGGAUCAAGAAACGCACGCAUGAAGUCAUGCGUAAUGGCCGUGAAGUUGAUGGUUUUGAAUCGGAUUUAUUCGAGUGUCGCAAUUGUGGUAGUUUACGUACACGUUAUCGUCAAUGGCGUCGUAAGGCUGUGGUAGAUCGUACACGGAUUAUAGUCAUAUGUUUGAGAUGUCCAUAUCAAUGGGAAUUGAGCAUGAGCUUAUCAAAGCAGCAUCCUGAGAAUGAGGACUAUGAGGACUAUUUCAAUACUGAAUUGUUUAUCAAUCGCAAUUAUGUGAUACAGGAAUAUGACUUUGGGGUGACGAAACAAAAGCUCCAGUCUUCUCAUGCUGCUUCUACGGAUCAUGAUCUUACAGGUCAAGUCAUAUGGCCAGUCUCAGUUUUAUUAGCCUGGUAUCUUGUGGCACACCGUCAUGACAUUGCUAAUAAGACGGUGGUGGAAUUGGGUGCUGGAGCGGGACUUAGCGGACUCGUCGCCUCUCAAUUCGCGGCUCGCACUGUUUUAACGGAUGGGAAUGACAUUGUCCUGGAGCUCCUGGAGAAAAAUGUAGACAUUAACGCUGACUCGAGCAAAGUGAAGGUGCUGCCACUACUCUGGGGUGACUACGAAAGCAUGACAGUUUUUGAGCGCACGUUCCCGUAUCCUGUCGAUGUCAUCAUUGGCGCCGACGUUGUGUGCUGGCCCGUUCUCGUGAAGCCUAUUCUUCAGACAAUCAAACACCUGCUUCUGCGCUCGCGCGAUCCACUAAAAACGAAGUUUUGCUGUGGCUUUGUGUGUCGCGCGCGGUCCACGGAAGACCUGCUUUUCAAGGAAGCACUGGCGUUCGGUUUUCGCUUCAAGCGUGUCCACGACGACGUAUUCCUCCCUACACCGCGACCCCAAGAUGUGACAUCACGCCUUGAGCUACAGCUGAUAGUGUUCACGCUUGAUCCCCAAGCGCCUAACUGGAACGAGCCUGUACAAUUUGCGGGUGUAGAAUGGAAGAAAUUGCAGACAGCUUGCUAG